AUGAUGAUAAGUGGCAAUCGAUGUGUCGCCUGCUAUGGUGGUCAAUUUGGUACCAGAACGGCGCAGGUUGUUGCCUCGCUGAAAAACGAGCAUCUCGCAUUAACGCCCAAACGAAAUCGUUGGUUGUACUUAGGAAACGAGGCAUGCGUUUUUCGAGCGCUUGUUCACCAAUCAGAAAUGGGCAAUGAUUUACGGUUGGCACCGCACCGGGUGGACAACUUCGCUCGGCUGGCGAAUGGGCACCAGAAAACGACGACGAGAAAGUCGAGGGCAAGCCGUGAGACUCAGCAACUCGAAUACGAAUACGAAUAUGAGGGCAGUCGGCGAUUCGACGAAGUACACAAAAAGGCAACCACUUGCGAAGUGAACAGAUGUAUUGAGGCGAAAUAUAUACAUACAUGA